AUGUUGGAAUCAUUUAUGCUUCAAAACCAAAUUAUUCCUGUCGAGAGCGAGGUAGGUUUAUUAUUAAAUAUAUCUGGUUGUUUUUGUUUAUUUCCUACAAUCUGUGGACCUAUUAAAUGUAGAUAUUAAAUGUGUUCAUAAAAUGCUUGGUUUCAUAGUAUAUAUACAGUAUACAGAGCUCAACUAAUUUUACAGUUAGUUAUUCUUAUACUUUCAAUAGAUAAAUUACAUGGUGACAUGAAUACAUUAUUGAUAAUUUGCCCAGGAAUUGGUAUAUAUUCCUUGUAUAUAUUCCCCUUGCCCAUGCCUUGUCUUGAUAUUAAGGCCUUUGCCUAAUUCCCGCAAGCUAUUUACACCUGGGGAUAGGAAAUCCACGCACGGCCAUGUAGCUGACUGGUCUAGGUUACAGGGCUGUGGGACUUGCAGAGCAAUGUACCUAUCUUGGCUCCCUUGCAGGGCUGUGCGACUAGCUGGGCUAUUGUAUAUUGCUUGCAGGGCUGUGGAAGUUUCCGACAUGUAGCCUGCGAACAGGCAUUUGUAUGAGACCCCAAGAGAAAUAAACAACUGCCGGUUCACAGAAUUGUCUACAGACUAAUAAUUUCAUGCAAACACUACAUACUAUCAUAUUAUUAAAAGCAAAAUGUAUAUUGUUGCCAUAAACAGAAACAUAUUAGUGGUACGUUAAAUAUUAAUAACUAUACAGUAUCUAACAAACAAAAACAUAGUUUUGAAUGUUCAUAUAUGCUUUCACAACUCAACUGUCUGUAUCAGCUCACUUCAACAGACAGUAUAUAAAACAACAUAUAUUUGCAUUCUAUUUAAUGCUUAAUUUAAUGGUAUAUAAAUUGCAUACAGUAGAAAAUAAUAGUAAAUAUAUACAUAUAUAAAAAAUCAUUUUAAGACUAUUUUACAGACAGACCGUAAAUAAAAUCAUCCACUUUAGUCUAUGGAAAUCUACAAUAACCUCACUGAGGUUUAAUGGAUUUUUAACACAUUGAUAGCAUUCUUCAGGUGAACUAGCUGCUUAACUAAUUAAAUCUGACAUGUAGUACUGUACAUCCAAAAUAUUUGCCCCACUAAUUAAAUUGGCCCAAAAAUUAACUUGACUCUCACUCUGCUGGCAGAAGCUAUUUCACUUUGCAAGGGUGCUUGACUAUAUUCAUAGAUCUAUUUAUUAUAUUCAUUUUGAAAUGGUGUUUCCUGCAAUCUGAUUGGUUCACUGAGGAGUGCGAUUUCAGCACGAAUCGCACUCCUAGCAGUGUCAUUCAUGCUGAAAUCCGACCUUCUUUCAAUCAAUCACAUUAGAGUGCUGACUUCAGCCAAUCAAUCAUAUUUAAUUAAUCAUAGGAGUAAUUGAGACAGCCAAUCAAUUUUAAUGCACUUAUCAAUGUUAACCCCGAGGGUGGGGGUGGCAGUGGUUGGGCAAAGGGUGGGGAUUUGACAUUUUAACAUACAAAAAUGUCAAAUGCCACUCCCUCGGGACAAAAUUCCUGGGAAAAAUUCCCAACCCACCCCGGGAUAAAAUUGUAUUCAUGAAGUACAGUAUUUGGUUUCUGGUGCACUCUUACUGUAUCAUACAUGAGUUUGACUAAUGGUCGCGUGUCGCGGGUAAAAAGUCGCGUGUCGCGGGUAGAUUGUCGCGGGUCGCGGGUAAAAUGUCGCGGGUAAAAAGUCGCGGGUCGUAAAAAAGCUCCAAACCGUGUAUUUUAUUGAGUUGCGGGUUAAAUAAAGUGUGUAAAAAUCACGUUAUCAUUUAGUAAACAACUAUAUAGGAUUGCUUCAAUACGAAAUAUUGCCCAAGAGCCUUUUGUCACGAGUUUGACUAAUGGUCGCCUGUCGCGGGUAGAAUGUCGCGGGUGAAAUGUCGCGGGUAAAAAGUCGCGGGUCGUAAAAAAGCUCCAAACCGUGUAUUUUAUUGAGUCGCGGGUUGAAUAAAGUGUGUAAAAAUCACAUUAUCAUUUUGUAAACAACCAUAUAGGAUUGCUUCAAUACGAAAUAUUGCCCAAGAGCCUUUUGUCAUGAUUUAAUGGUUCUAUAUAAACGUGCCAGAAGCCUAAAACUUGAAAGAAUGUUAAACCAACAAUUCAGUUUACCACUACUAUUACAAUCAGUUUUAUACCAAUUUAAAAACAACCAUAUAGUAUCACAAAUAAUAGAUAUAUCCAUGCAAAUAAAUUCAGUUUACCACUACUAUUACAAUCAGUUUUAUACCAAUUUAAAAACAACCAUAUAGGGUCACAAAUAAUAGAUAUAGCCAUGCUAGGACAUUAUAAAAGUACAUUAUGAUUCACCAACAACCCGGAUAUUUAAGUCGCUGUUCUCUAGCACUUGUUUCUGGAAAGUACUGAUCGAUGCGCAGAGGCUUGACGACAACGCGCACUGAGCCACUGAAUAGCGGAUUUUUGCGCCUGUAUGAUAUGGUAGAAAUUGGAUGGUAAUAUGUAUUACUAAAAUCAGGACUAUAAACAUAGGAAUGUGAAACAGGAUUCUUUUGCACUACCGUCUAUCAACGUGCUUUACAAUAAUGUUAUAUGAUUCUUGUCUAUAUUUAUCUAGAAACUCGCAAUUGCAGCCAUAACAUCUUCGAACUACUAUUGAUAAAAACCAUUAAAUAUUAACUAAAUGUUAAUGUGAUUUUUACACACUUUAUUCAACCCGCGACUCAAUAAAAUACACGGUUUAGAGCUUUUUUACGACCCGCGACUUCUUACCUGCGCGACGUUUUACCCGCGACCCGCGACUUUUUACCCGCGACACGCGACCCGCGACCAUUAGUCAAACUCAUCAUACAUCAGGUGAUAGGGAAAUGACAAGAAUACUUUCGGCGGCAUAAUUUAAAAGUAUUACAAAUAUAAUGAACGUUUCAAAAUAACAUAAUGUGAACUUUUAACAUAUAAGUAUAAAUCGAUAUUAAUGAUAUAUAAAAUGGCUUAUUAAGUGUUUAUUUCUUGUCCAGAAAUCUCCAACGCAACAACAACGCACGAGACAAUCCCGUACUCAGAGUAUGCCACCACCCCCCAGUGCCAGGUAUUUUUAGUUUCUACCCCUUUGCCUCCAUCUCAAAUACUUUUUCUGCUGGCAAUGCACAAGUUCUGUGAAAGAGUGCUGCCCUCAAUUAAGCAACACAUAUGACAAAACACUAAAAAUUUACAAAGCACCACAUUGAUUCAACAAGGGGCCAUUCACAAAGGAUGUCCAGCCAAAUGAUGGAUUUUCAGACCCCCCUUGUCCGGCAUUGUCCAAAUUAGUGACCUCACCCUUGCACAAAAAAAAACACAAAUAUGGAUACAUAGCUACAGUAAACUAUCAAAGAAUUGGAAAGAAUUUUCAAAUUUUACAAAUUGUAACAAGCAAAUUAAGAACAUAAUCAAAAGCAAUCAAAUCGCCAACAAAAGCAAUUAAAUUUAAAGCAUGGGAGAAAACAAAGUGUCAAAGGUAAAUUCACCUAUCGUAUUUCCAGUUUUCUACUGACAAAACUGCACCAAAACUCUUUCAAAUCACUCGUAAAACCUACAAUAUGUUUAAACUUACUUGUGUUGUCUCUUAUUCUUUAUAAAUGUCUUCAUUUCUUUAACAAUUUUGCAGUAUUAGGAACGUACAGUAUAUAAACAUAUAAUUUAAUCAUCUUGUUUGCUUAUUGUUGCUAUGCUACAGCACUCAGGGAGGUACCGGAGGUGUGUCUUUUCCAAACAAAAACGUUUCCGGUUUUAAUACAAAGAUGUUUAAGAUUUCAAAAUAAAUAUAAUAAAGUGGAAAUUGAACUUCGUGUCGUGCAAUUUUGGACUGAAAUCGAACUUGUUAUUACAAAUCUGUGAUUUUUUAAUCACACGUGUGAUUUCCAAAUUGCGCUCCACUCAGUUCAAUUACCAUUAUAAAUCGACAUCAACAAAUUUUUGCUGACAUCGGUAAUAAACACAGACCUCAUACUUCAUGUCAAGCAUGUACCCGUGUGAUCAUAAUUCUCCAAUCAGAAAGUCCAGAAAGCAUUGUCCGUGGGCGAACGAAGUCUCACAAAAUUUAAAGCAAUUGCCGGCAAGUGUAAAUUAUACUAGGCCCACCUGAAUAAAUGCCUGUUUGCAGGCUAUCCGACAUGUUGCCUACUGCAUCAGGUCCCUGGAAGAGCUGUAUGAGUCCCUAGGCUUUAAUAAAAUAAAAGCUUUCAAUAGGCUUUAACAUGAAAACGAGGCUCGAGGCAAUUAUUUAGAGACCACAUUUAUUGGUCAAAAUAAAAAAUCCUUUUCAUGCAUGUAUUGAAGGAUGUUCUUCUUCUCUGUGCAGCCUUGCUGAAAACAGUGUAGUUGUGAUGUAACUACUGGAAUGGUCUAUUGGCUAGGCAACAGGGUUUCAAUUUGUGGCGAAAAAUUGAUGAGUGCAAAAAUUUUUAUUCUGAAAAGUGGAAGCACCAGAUACAACAAAAUGGUGCUUUUUACCGAAAUUUAUUUCUUAGAAAUACAGUUUGUGUAUAUUUACUAUAAUUAUGCAUUUUUUAAUUUUUUGCACCUCAUGUGGAAAAGUUGGCGUGCAAUUUUUGUACUAUUCCGGCUAAAACGGCCAAAUGCACAUUGCACACCAUUAAGUUAAACCCUGCUGCGUAAACGGCGUCCCUCGAGUGCUUGCUGCCUUGCAAAAAGGUCUAUUACUGUUUCUUCUUGCUUUCAAACAGGAUGGAGAGAUUGUGGAAGCAAAUUUGCAUAAUUUCUUGUCUGAUGCCGAUUAUCCUUCCAAUGGGCAUAAGCGCCCUGAAUCAUGGCACGAUGCAGUUAGAGCAUUACGCAAUGAGAUGACAACACAUGCAGUAAUUACUGCCUCUGCAUACUUGUUUCAUUUGGAAAUAUCAAUAUUGGAUUGGCAAGGGGUAGGUCGAUUGUUAUGCAUAUAGUGCCAGGCAUUUUUAGUUGCUUCCCCUUUGCCUCCAUCUCAAAUAGUUUUUCUGCUGGCAAUGCACAAGUUCUGUGAAAGAGUGCUGCCCUCAAAUAAGCAACACAUAUGACAAAACACUAAAAAUUUGCAAAGCACCACAUUGAUUCAACAAGUAAAUCAGAUAUGUUUUAUUUAGAAAAUUGCUAUCACCAGUCCUGCUAAUAUGCAACCUGAAACUAAAAUUUAUUUGGGAUACACUGGGGAUCAUUAUAUGCUUUUAUCUGGAAAAUUGGAGAUUGUAAGUAAAAGGAAAGAAAAAUAUGACUUAAAUUUACAGUACAUAUACUGUAAACAGUUAUUAUAGGGUAUAUUUUGUUUCAGAUACUCCUAUUAAGACUCUUCCCUUGAAGAGUAAAAUGGCGUUAGACAGAAUACAGUAAAAGAACAGCAUGGGUGCAAUUGGCGCAUUGCUGCUUAAUGGGUUAAUUUUUUUUUACUAUUACGCUGCUUAAUGGGUUAAUCUUUUUUUACUAUUAGUACAGUAUUUCGUCUUGCUUCUGUUUAACGUGCUGCUUUUGCUGUUUGUAAUACUGGUAUAACCGUAUUUACUCGUUUGAGCGCCGCCCCCGCUUGAUUUAUAGUAUUAGUAAUUCAUAAAAUACUAUAUAUAAAAGAGUAAUUACCAUAUUUUCAAUCUUAUAUGUAGGCAAAAGAAGAUAUCCAACAAAAACUGGAUGAGCCGAUUUUGGUGUCUUCCGAUUCAGAGUCUCCUAAAAAGGGCAGCUUUAAAACUGAAAAGGCAAGUACACAAGCGGACCGCCGGUUUGCAGAAGGCUGCAUACUGUAUAACAUGGCUUCAAAGGCAACAACAACUUAUAUUUUUUAGGUUACUGUUCAAAUAAGUAGAAAAAAGGCAAUGACGAUGACAGUUGAAGAUUGGCCAGAGGAAAAUGAUUGUUAUAACCCUGGAGUUAGUGUAUUUCGAGGGAUUAAGUAUGACCUGUCUGGCAUGAGAAAUCCUGACACCCAGGUAUAAGUUAAACAUCAAAUAUACACUCUAACCCCAAUGAAACACUGGUGAAGUGCAUGUUACCAUACACUGUACACUUUAAUUGGAAUGUUAAUUUUUCGAACCACCGGUAAACACUCUUUUGUUUUUUCUUAUGCAUAAUGACGUCACAAGACGUGAUGCGCGCGGCGAAUUCUGGUCUUAGUAGUCACGGCGGGAAAACAGUCCAGCAUGACCACUGCCGUAGGUGAGUUUGCUGCUGUUCUUUGUCGUCUUUUAGAAGCUGUUCAAGUCAAUGAAGACCCUAGUUCUUUUCCGAACUCUUGCACGGGUCUUCAGAGGUUUGAAAGUAACGGCAACAGUCCGCUUUGAUCGACCAGUACGAGUAAAGGAAGUGGCGGUUUUUAUUCGUGUUGUGUUCCUGGUUGUAAUAAAAGAAAUACAGAACUAUAUUCUGUAA